CAACAUUUCAAACAUUGAAACACUACCCAUUGUUUUCGAUCCUUUUGAGGCAUAGGAUUUCUUUCUUUCUCACUGCCAUCAUGUCGAGUUCAUCAUUCUCAGUUGCGGGAAUGACACCUCUUUCAACCUCCCAUCACAGCUCUGCUUGGAAUCCGGGAUCCAGUAGCUCCCUCAGCGCGUCACUCAGCGAAUCAUUAUCCCAGCCAAGGAGCAAUUACCAGGCUGGAUAUCUCAUGCAAUUGACACCAGGAAAUACAUCGCCACAGAGCCAGCGUACCGACGACGCACCAAUAGUACCAACAAAGGCAAAAAUGAAUCAUUCAUUAAUGAGAGGAUCAGCGUCGGACUUUGGCAUGGAUUCCAUGUUCGAAACUUCCAGGCAGCGGCAGUCCCUGGCUGACGAUGAGAAUGCACCUCCUAUGAUGUCCGUCAAUGAUAUUCCCAAUGAGAUCCCAAAUGUCAAUGCGCGCUACCAACCUAGGUCGUCAACAGUGGACCACUCAUCGUCACUAUCAAGGCGAUCUCGCACUUCUACAGCAUCCCCCAAUUCCCAGCCGUUGUAUAUAAUUGUAUUCGGCUACCCCCCGGAUAGGUAUAGCGUUACCGCAGAGUAUUUCAAGUCGCUAGGUGAUUCGACAGACGCAGAUCCGAAUAUAGAAAUCACGAAUUGCUUCAGAAUUGGAUACCGAGAUCCAGGCGAUGCUAUGCGCGCCGUUCGCAAGAAUGGGGAGAUUCUCGCGGGAUCUUGGAUGGUAGGUGCGAAGUGGGCGGAUCCAGCGCAGGCUGAAGCUCUACUUGGGCAGCCGUUACGUGCGAGCGUGGAUUCCAGUCUUGUGUCGAAUGCGAUGGCCGUAGAUGAGCCUUCCCCUGCGUCGCAUUUGGGCACCAGCACGCCGUUAGUAGGAACACCGAUUAAGCUUGCACCUUCUACUUCUGUAUUCAAGCGAGUCGGUGCUUCUGACAAGCCUCCAACGACACCACAGCCGCACGCCUGGGCAGCAAAAGGAGGAAAUCCAGCAGGCUCUAUAAACAUGCCCUUGGGUGGUGCUUCUCCGAGUAAAGGUGUUCUUGGUCAGGUGUCGGACUUGAUAUUUGGUUGGUAGACGGCCCACAUAUUACCUCAGAAGCGACAAGAUGUCUGUAAAUGUUCCGUCCUUGUAGUGUGUGAAUGACAAGCUCGUCUUUCGCGUGUUAA